CCAAGCAGAGAAGAAAUGUAAUCUUGUCCGAAGACGAGAAGUGACCAUGAUGAUGAUCGGAGAAGGUAACCAUGGUCAUGUACCACCAUGGACUCUAUUCGAAGAUAACUCCACCGGUAUGAACUUCUCACUCCCCGUAAGUGGCGUCUCCGGUAACUCUAGUGGCGGCGCCGUUGCCUCAGAUGGGGACUACUCUUCUUUUCCUUUGGGUGAGGCUUUAGCGGCACUGCAACGCUACUUACCGUCAAACGAUAUUGAUGCCGAUACCGAUUUUCCGGGCCGUGAGGCCGAUAUGCCAGUGGGUCCGUUCUCGACGGAUGAGUUCCGUAUCUAUGAGUUUAAGGUGAGGCGGUGCGCAAGGGGCCGUUCUCAUGACUGGACGGAGUGUCCGUACGCUCAUCCCGGUGAGAAAGCUCGCCGGAGAGAUCCAUGUAAGUUCCAUUACUCUGGUACUGCUUGUCCUGAUUUCCGUAAAGGUAACUGUAAGAGGGGAGAUUCCUGUGAGUUUGCUCAUGGCGUGUUUGAGUGUUGGCUUCAUCCGGCGCGUUAUCGGACGCAGCCUUGUAAGGAUGGUACUAAUUGUCGUCGUCGUGUUUGCUUCUUCGCCCAUACUCCUGAACAGCUUCGAGUGUUGCCACAGCAGAGCCCCAGGUCUCCUGUUUCGUCUGAUUCGUUUGAUGUUUCCCCUCUUCGUCAUUCUUUUGAUUCCUAUUUGGCUAAGAAUGCUCUGUUAUCAUCACCAACUUCGACCCUGAUAUCGCCUCCCCUGUCACCUCCGUCUGAAUCCCCACCCUUGUCGCCUAGUUGUCCUCUGAGUCGAUCGUUCGGGUCCAACUCCAUUAACGAGGUGGUUGCGUCUCUGCGUCAUCUGCAACUUAGUAAGGUGAAGUCGCCUCCUUCCUCUUGGGGUGUGCAGAUGGGUUGUGGGUUUGGUUCGCCGAGGGGUUCGACACUUCGUCCUGGGUUCUAUAGUUUGCCUACGACCCCGACUCAAGCACCGACUCGUAGUGGGACGAGUUAUCUGGAUAUAUGGGAUAGGGGUUGUACUGUGGAGGAAGAGCCCCCAAUGGAGAGGGUCGAGUCUGGGAGGGAUUUACGAGCCAAGCUCUUUGAGAAGCUGAGCAAGGAAAACUCGCUGGAGCGGCAGGUUUCGUCUUCUCUGGCUCCGGCGCCCGAUGUUGGCUGGGUGUCGGAACUUCUGAAGUGAAAAUUGAUGAUGGGUUUUGAAAAUUCUUUUCCUUUUUUGUUGAUCUAUUUUGGGUUCAAUCUAUUGCCCUGAUUUUCCUGAUUGUGAAUAUUUUAAGAAAGAUGAAGAUUUGGAGUAGUACUACUGAAAGAUUGAUGUAAAUAGCUGAUGAUGCUGGUUGCUGCGGAGAAGGGCAUCUUUUUGGUGGGUUUUCUGUGAAGAUCAAGGAGAAGGAACAAAGAAGCAAUGCCAACUUGUAUAUAGAGGAAGAAGCUAAAUUACGUUUAGGAAGCCGGAGAUCGGCUGCAAAUUAUGUAUCUUUUAUUUUUUCUUGUUGCUGUUUUACAUUACUAAUUUCUGAUUCCGAGUGUAGAAAUUGGAACUUCCAUCUUAUGAAGCAAUUAUUGUAAAAUAUUUUCUUCAUAUUGUGUUCUGUGACCGUUUUCCUUUA